GGGAAAGGUUGUCUCCCUCCUCUCUCAUCUUGGAUGAAUUAGCAGGCUCAACACACACAGAAGGAUGCAGAGUGCACUGGAGUAUGCCAAUGCCUUAUCACCCAAGGCUCUAAUAAGAUCAGUUACUUAUGCAAGUGCUUCAUUGACGCGAAAAGUCCUGUUCCCACCUAUUCUUCCUCCACAACGACCCUUUCGAGUGUCUAACAGUGAUAGAAGCCGACGGAAAGGUGUUGUAGCAAGUACAUUGAAGGAACUCAUCGAAAAGGCCAUUGAAACCCUGUUCCUAACUGCUGGUCUGGUGACUCUUGUUCUAGAGGAAGAUGGCACUGUCGUUGACACAGAGGAGUUUUUCCAGUCUCUGGAGGAUAACACCAACUUUCUCAUCCUUGAAGGAGGUCAGAAGUGGACACAGGAAAGAAAAGCUAGACGUACAGCUCAACAAACAAAGCGAAAAGGAAUUGCAAACAUUACACUUGAUUUAUACAAGCUGAAUCCUCGGGAUUUUUUAGGCUGCUUGAAUAUAAAGGCAACGUUUUAUGAAAUGUACUCGGUGUCCUGUGAUAUCCAGUGCCUGGGAGCAAAGAAGAUUCUCCGGAACUUUGUGCGCCUCCUUUCACAUCUGACCCAGGUAGCUGGACAUUUACUGCUGUACAGUGGAUCAUUUAUGAUGCAAUGGACGGAGGAGUCUGAAGAGCGGACACAUAGGAGGACACAGAUGUCUUAACCUACAAGCUUAACAAUUUUUGUCACAACAUUUACACUGGAAAAGAAAAAUGGCAUGGGCCUAAAGCUAAUGGCAGCAAUAUGUUUACUAGCGAAGAUCAUUUGGGUUUAUUUUAAUAACCAUGCACUGCUUUCAUUUGUGUCUAUGAUGGCUGCAGUCCUCCCACAGUCUUAGUUUCUCCAUGUAACAGACAACUAAAUGAAGGUUUU